UAGUCUCCUCCUAUCCUAUCAAAGAGGAGCAAACAAAAAACUUUCAAUUCUGAAACCGCGUUUCUUAUAUGAACUUUUCCUCUUUGUUUCUCAUAAAAACUUCAUCUCAGUCUUACGAGUUAGGCCAUCCAUCUCUUUUAUCUUCCUUUCUCCUACCAUGAGAUUUUAUUUCGAUGGCUUUUCUCCUUAACUCCUCCUUCUGCUACCUCUUUAUUUCCUUGUGUUUCCUUUCUUCUCUUCCAAUCAUAAAUACACUCUCAACUGUUUCCAUAUCUGAAACUUCCAACCAAAUAUUUAUUUGUGCCUUACAACAGCCAAACCAACAAGGACAAUCCAAUCUUAACUGUACUAGCUUUCCUCCUGGUAUUGGUCUUCAAGUGAAUCCCAACGUUUCCUACUCUCAGAUUGUGGGUGGCAAUGGGUUUCUAUGUGCAUCAAGGCCUUCUUCUUCUUCUUCUUCAACUUCCAUCAUGGGGUGUUGGAGAUUCUCUGCCAAUGCUUCUAAUGUUCCCUUCAAGCGUAUCUACCAUGGGCCUGUGAUUGAAGACAUUGAUAGUGGGAAUUCCCACGUUUGUGGUCUUGUAAGAGGCCUUGGCCUUGAGUGUUGGCAAUGGCCUGGCUUCAACUCAACUUCAAGCAUGAGCAGAAACAUGUCAAGAAUUGCAGUGGGAGAGAAUUUUGUAUGUGGCUUAUCAGAGACAGGGAGUGUCACUUGCAUGGGGAGUAACACUAACGUUGUUGGGCAUGAACCUGUGCCUGGUAGAAAUUACUCUCUACUUGCAGCUGGGUUCAGGCAUGCCUGUGCUAUCUCUGGUGAUGGUAGCUUGGAUUGUUGGGGAGACAUGGAGGGCCAGAAACCACAAGGGAGGUUCAUUUCUUUGGCUUUGGGAGAGAAUCGAAGUUGUGCACUUGGGUAUGAUGGACUAGUUUCUUGUUGGGGUUCGAAUAAUUUCAGCAUGCCUCAGAGAUUAAAAGGGACAUUUUUUGACGCAAUUGUAGCAAAGCGAAGUGUUUUCUGUGGAGUUGUCACUUCUAAUUAUUCAUUGAUUUGUUGGGGUUCUGAAAUUUUUGAGUCAAAUACCAAGGUGUUUGUUAAUGUUCUCCCAGGACCUUGCAGGAAUCAAUGUCCAUGUGGACCCUUGUCAGAUUCUGCCAAACUCUGUGACCCGCCUGCCAUCAUUUGCAAGCCCUGUCAGCCAGCAGUUGAAUCUUCAUUUCCAUUAGAGCCGCCACAAUCACCAUGGACACCUCCACCUCUGCCAACCGAACCUUCAGCUGAAAGUGGUUGGAGCAGCAAAAUGGUGGCAUUUCUGGUUAUUGGUUGUGUUGGUUGCAGUGCCUUGUUGCUUGCCUUGGUAUUCAUCAUUCACAGGUACUGCAAAGGCAAAGUGUGCAGAGUGCAUGACUCUGGCCGAUUGGAUGACCCUCCAGAAGCUCCAGCAGCUGUUCCUGCUGUUUUGGAGAAGAGGUUGAGCCAUGUAAUUAGCAUGGGUAAUGGGGGAACCCAUUUGGAGGAGUUUUCAAUGCAAGUACUGCUUCAAGCCACCAACAAUUUCUCUGAAGAGAACAAAAUUGGGAGUGGGAGCUUUGGUUUUGUGUACCACGCCACACUGGAAGAUGGGAAGGAAGUUGCUGUGAAAAGAGCUGAGAUCACACCACAAGCAUCUCCAUCUAAUGCAGUCUUGGGUGGUGGCACCAAAAGGCAAGAAGACAAAGACAAUGCCUUUGUGAAUGAGCUUGAAUCUCUUUCAAGACUCCACCACAAGAACCUCGUCCGGUUACUAGGUUUUUAUGAAGACAACAGUGAGAGGAUCUUAGUGUAUGAGUACAUGAGUAAUGGCAGCCUAAAUGACCACCUCCACAAGCUCCAAACUUCUUCUCUCAUCAUGUCAUGGGGUGGUCGCAUCAAGGUAGCUUUGGACGCAGCAAGGGGUGUAGAGUAUCUACACCAGUAUGCUACUCCACCAAUCAUUCACCGUGACAUCAAGUCUUCUAACAUAUUAUUGGAUGCAAAGUGGACAGCCAAAGUCUCUGAUUUUGGACUAUCACUCAUGGGUCCUGAUUCUGAAGAUGAGGAAUCACACCUUUCACUUCUUGCAGCUGGCACUGUUGGCUACAUGGACCCUGAAUACUACAGGCUUCACCAUUUGACCACAAAAAGUGAUGUCUACAGCUUUGGUGUGGUUUUGCUAGAACUUUUAUCAGGCCUCAGAGCCAUCCAUAGAAAUGAGAAUGGAGUGCCAAGAAAUGUGGUAGAUUUCAUGGUACCCUUCAUUCUUCAAGAUGAAAUUCACAGGGUUUUGGACCCGAGAGUACCACCCCCAACACCAUUUCAGAUAGAGGCCGUGGCAUUUGUAGGUUAUUUGGCAUCGGAUUGUGUUCGUCUAGAAGGUCGAGAUAGGCCAACCAUGACUCAUAUUGUCAAUAGUUUGGAAACAGCACUGGCUGCUUGUUUAGCACAACCUACACUGUCAAGGUCAUCCACUGAUUCUUCCGACGAAUUUCCUUUUCCCUUACGCCGUGAGCUUCCAACACGGGAAUUUUGAAGCAGUCAACUUUUUGUAUAUUGCACCAUUUUCCUUUCUUCAUUUUUUUUUGUUCAUAUUUUAGUGCUAACUUCAUUGUCACACCUAACACCAGACGAGUCAAUGAUGAAAAUGGUCCAAUUUUUGUUUUAGUUGGAAUAAGUCGAGGCCAAAAUGUACGUGUAUACUACCUUGACAAUUUGAUACUGAACCAACUAAAUCAUUUUACUAAUCAA